AGGAGACAGAGACCCAGAGGAGCUCCAGCUGGCUGGGACCUGGGGAAGGGGGGCUCCACUGCAGGGCAGGAGGGGAACAGACAGCUAGGGGAGCAACACCAUGGAGCCUGCUUCUCCCCAGGGUGACGUGAAGAAGAGGCAACAGAAGGAGAAGUCCAAGAAGCCGGUACCACCAAUAGCUCCUCGUCCACCCAGAGCCCUGUUCUGCUUAACCCUGGAAAACCCUCUGCGGAAGGCGUGCAUCAGCAUCGUGGAGUGGAAACCCUUCGAGAUCAUCAUCCUCCUCACCAUCUUUGCCAACUGCGUUGCUCUGGCCAUCUACCUGCCCAUGCCUGAGGAUGACACCAACAUCGCCAACUCCAGCCUGGAGAAGAUUGAAUAUGCCUUCCUCAUCUUCUUUGCCAUCGAGGCCAUGCUCAAGAUAAUUGCCUAUGGCUUUCUUUUCCACACGGAUGCCUACCUCCGAAACGGCUGGAAUGUGCUCGACUUUUCCAUUGUGACUCUAGGGCUCAUCACCAUGACCCUGGAGCAGGUCAAUGUGAAGCAGGGAGGGCCUUCGGGGGGAAAAGGCGGCUUUGACGUGAAGGCGCUGCGAGCGUUCCGUGUGCUGAGACCCCUGCGCCUGGUGUCCGGAGUGCCGAGCCUUCAGGUCGUCCUGAACUCCAUCAUCAAAGCCAUGGUGCCCCUGCUGCACAUAGCCCUGCUGGUCCUCUUCAUGAUCAUCAUCUACGCCAUCGUGGGGCAGGAGCUCUUCAAGGGCAGGAUGCACAAGACCUGCUACUACCUUGGGACAGAUGUGAUUGCCACAGUGGGCUCAGAGAAGCCAGCUCCGUGCACCAGCUCCGGCCACGGGCGGCACUGCAGCAUCAACGGCACCGAGUGCCGCAGCGGCUGGCCAGGACCCAACAACGGCAUCACCCACUUCGAUAACUUCGGCUUUGCCAUGCUCACUGUCUACCAGUGCAUCACCAUGGAGGGCUGGACAGAAGUUCUCUACUGGGUAAAUGAUGCCAUGGGGAAUGAAUGGCCCUGGAUCUACUUUGUCAGCCUAAUCUUACUUGGCUCCUUCUUUGUGCUCAACCUGGUGCUGGGUGUGCUCAGUGGAGAGUUCACCAAGGAGCGCGAGAAGGCCAAGUCACGGGGAACGUUCCAGAAGCUGCGGGAGAAGCAGCAGCUGGAGGAGGAUCUGCGGGGCUACAUGGACUGGAUCACCCACGCAGAGGUCAUGGACAGUGAUCGGGCCAGGGGAGAAGGUAUGAUGCCAUCGGAUGAAGGAGGGUCAGAGACUGAGAGCUUGUAUGAAAUUGAGGGCAUGAACAAGUGGAUUCUCUUCUUGUACAAUGCCAACCGGCUGCUGCUCGCCCUCUUUGUGGCCGAGAUGCUGCUGAAGAUGUACGCGCUGGGGCUGCGCCAGUACUUCAUGUCGCUCUUCAACCGCUUCGACUGCUUCGUGGUGUGCUCAGGGAUCCUGGAGACCAUCCUGGUGGAGCUGGGCACCUUGUCCCCUCUGGGCAUCUCCGUGCUGCGCUGCAUCCGGCUCCUCCGCAUCUUCAAGAUCACCAGGUACUGGACAUCUCUGAGCAACCUGGUGGCCUCUCUGCUCAACUCAGUCCGCUCCAUUGCCUCUCUGCUCCUCCUCCUCUUCCUCUUCAUCAUAGUUUUUGCCCUGCUGGGCAUGCAGCUCUUUGGGGGCAAGUUUGAUUUCGAGGACAUGAAAGUGCGGCGCAGCACAUUUGACAACUUUCCCCAGGCCCUCAUCAGUGUCUUCCAGAUCCUGACUGGAGAGGACUGGAAUUCAAUCAUGUAUGAUGGGAUCAUGGCCUACGGGGGCCCAUCCUUUCCUGGCAUGCUGGUCUGCAUCUACUUCAUCAUCCUCUUUGUCUGUGGGAACUAUAUCCUCCUCAAUGUUUUCCUGGCCAUUGCAGUCGAUAACCUGGCUGAGGCUGAGAGCCUGACGUUAGCCCAGAAGGCCAAAGCAGAAGAGCGCAAACGGCGGAAGAUGUCCAGAGGUUACCCAGAGAAGUCUGAAGAGGAGAAGCAGAUGCUGGCAAAGAAACUGGAGCAGAAAGCAAAGGGAGAAGGGAUUCCCACGACAGCCAAGUUGAAAGUGGACGAAUUUGAAUCCAAUGUCAAUGAGAUCAAAGACCCCUACCCUUCUGCAGACUUCCCAGGUGAUGAUGAGGAAGAUGAGCCUGAGAUCCCCCUGAGUCCUCGGCCACGUCCCCUUGCAGAGCUUCAGCUGAAGGAGAAGGCUGUGCCCAUGCCUGAAGCUAGCUCAUUCUUCAUCUUCAGCCCAACCAACAAGUUUCGGGUCCUGUGCCACAGAACUGUUAAUGCCACCUGGUUCACCAACUUCAUCCUGCUCUUCAUCCUGCUCAGCAGCAUUGCCCUGGCAGCUGAGGACCCCAUCCGCGCCGAGUCCUUCCGCAACCAGAUCCUUGGAUACUUUGACAUCGGUUUCACCUCUGUCUUCACAGUUGAGAUCGUCCUGAAGAUGACGACCUACGGUGCUUUCCUGCACAAAGGCUCCUUCUGCAGGAACUCCUUCAAUAUCCUUGACUUACUGGUGGUUGCUGUCUCCCUCAUCUCCAUGGGAUUUGAGUCCAGUACCAUCUCUGUGGUGAAGAUCCUGCGGGUGCUGAGGGUGCUGAGGCCUCUGCGGGCCAUUAACAGGGCGAAGGGGCUGAAGCACGUGGUCCAGUGCGUGUUCGUGGCCAUCAAGACUAUUGGGAACAUUGUGGUGGUCACGACAUUGCUGCAGUUCAUGUUUGCCUGCAUUGGAGUCCAGCUCUUCAAGGGCAAGUUCUACAGGUGCACAGACCCAUCCAAGCUGACAGAGAAGGAGUGCAGGGGUCAGUUCAUCAACUAUGUGGACGCGGACCCCACGCAGAUCGAGGUCCAGGAGCGUGUCUGGCUGCACAGCGACUUCCACUUCAACAACGUCUUCUCAGCCAUGAUGUCGCUCUUCACGGUCUCCACCUUCGAGGGCUGGCCAGAGCUGCUGUACAUGGCCAUUGACACCAAUGCUGAGGAUGCAGGCCCUAUCUACAACUACCGGGUGGAGAUUGCAAUGUUCUUCAUCAUCUACAUCAUCCUCAUUGCCUUCUUCAUGAUGAACAUCUUUGUGGGCUUUGUCAUCGUCACCUUCCAGGAGCAAGGGGAGAAUGAGUACAAGAACUGUGAGCUGGACAAGAAUCAGCGCCAGUGCGUGCAGUACGCACUGAAGGCUCGCCCGCUGCGCCGCUACAUCCCCAAGAACCACUACCAGUACCAGAUCUGGUACGUGGUCACCUCCUCCUACUUCGAGUACCUCAUGUUCUUCCUGAUCCUGCUCAACACCAUCUGCCUGGGCAUGCAGCAUUACAACCAGUCUGCAGAAAUGAACCACAUCUCAGACAUCCUCAAUGUGGCCUUCACCAUCCUCUUCACCCUGGAAAUGGUCCUCAAGCUCAUGGCCUUUAAAGCCAAGGGCUACUUUGGAGACCCCUGGAAUGUCUUUGACUUCCUGAUAGUGAUUGGCAGCAUCAUCGAUGUCAUCCUCAGUGAGAUUGAUACCAUUCUUGCCCCCAGUGGUGGAUUGUACUGCCUGGGCGGAGGCUGUGACGGCGCUGACUCUGAUGACAACUCCCGCGUCUCCAUCACUUUCUUCCGGCUGUUCCGGGUGAUGCGACUGGUGAAGCUGCUGAGCCGGGGCGAAGGUGUCAGGACCCUCCUGUGGACCUUCAUCAAGUCCUUUCAGGCUCUGCCAUACGUGGCCCUGCUGAUUGUGAUGCUCUUCUUCAUCUAUGCUGUGAUUGGGAUGCAGAUGUUUGGGAAGAUCGCCAUGGUGGAUGGGACCCAGAUCAACCGAAACAACAACUUCCAGACCUUUCCACAGGCUGUGCUGCUGCUCUUCAGGUGUGCCACCGGUGAAGCCUGGCAGGAGAUCCUGCUGGACUGCAGCUACGGCCGGCGCUGCGACCCCGAGUCCGACUACGCCGAGGGCGAGGAGUACACCUGUGGCACCGGCUUUGCCUACUUCUAUUUCAUCAGCUUCUACAUGCUCUGUGCCUUCCUGAUCAUUAACCUCUUUGUGGCUGUCAUCAUGGACAACUUUGACUACCUGACACGGGACUGGUCCAUCCUCGGCCCCCAUCACCUGGAUGAGUUCAAGCGGAUCUGGGCCGAGUACGACCCCGAGGCCAAGGGGAGAAUCAAGCACUUGGAUGUGGUGACUCUGCUGAGGCGUAUCAACCCUCCCCUGGGCUUUGGGAAGUUCUGCCCACACCGUGUAGCCUGUAAGCGCCUGGUGUGUAUGAACAUGCCCCUGAACAGCGAUGGCACCGUCACCUUCAACGCCACCCUCUUUGCUCUGGUGAGGACAGCGCUCAAGAUCAAGACAGAAGGUAAUUUUGAACAGGCCAAUGAGGAGCUCAGAGCUAUUAUCAAAAAAAUCUGGAAGAGAACGAGUAUGAAGCUUUUGGACCAGGUCAUCCCACCUAUUGGAGAUGAUGAGGUGACAGUGGGCAAAUUCUAUGCUACUUUCCUGAUCCAAGAACAUUUCAGGAAGUUCAUGAAGCGCCAGGAGGAAUAUUACGGGUACCGGCCCAAGAAAAACCCUGUGGAGAUCCAGGCUGGGCUGAGGAGCAUUGAAGAGGAAGCUGCCCCUGAAAUCCACCGGGCCAUUUCUGGGGACUUGACUGCAGAGGAAGAGCUGGAAAGAGCCAUGGUGGAGGCUGCCCUGGAGGAAGGGAUAUACAGGAGAACAGGUGGCUUGUUUGGCCAGGUGGACAGCUUCAUGGAGCCCAGCAGCCCUCUGCAGCCCCAGGUGGCCAGCCAGAGGCCCCUGCAGUUCACUGAGGUGGGCAGUGAGGACCUCGACUCUCCCGUGUUCCUUGAUGACUUCCCCCAGGAAGGAAACACCAACAUCAACAAUGCCAAUAGCAGCUGCUGGCUGGAGGGGGUGCAGUAUGAGGAUGAGGUGCUCAGGAAGACGGUACCAGCAGCACACAGGCACCCAGCACGGGAGCACAACCGCCCCAUACCCAUGGAGAGGCUGAGCAGGAGGCGAGGGGCCACCUCUGGAUGUCCCUCAGCACCAGGGCCACUCCUCCCCCAGCAGCUGCCCACAGAGGAUGGCACUGUGACAGCAACAGCAUCCAGCUCAGGGUUCCAGCUGAGAGAAACUGGUGAGCCAGGAACAUCCUCCACACCAGCCAUCACCUUCCUUAUUCAGGAGGCUCUGAUCUCCGGAGGCCUCGGGGCUCUGGCCCGGGACUCGUCGUUUGUAGCAGUGACCAGGGACGAGAUGGCAGCCAGCAGCCAGCUGGAGAUGGAUGAAGUGGAGAAAGCAGCCGUGGAGCUGCUAAAAGGAAGAGAAACACUGCAGGGCACAAAAACCAGCUCUGCCCCACUGGACACCUCAGCUGUGCCACCAGGCAGAUCCCCAGGGCUCGGUGCAGCUCCCUCCCAAAAGACCAUUGCUACCACUCGCCUGUGAGCUGCCCACCGCAGCAGCCCAGGGUCCUGGCACAGGGGGUGCUGGAGCAGAGCCACACUGCUCCUGCCUGUGGUCCUGAGGUACUCUGGCCAGCUGUGGUACUGCUUUUGGGACAGGUCUCUGGCAUGCUGGUGCAGAACAGGACAAUGCUGUUCCAGCGGGGUGUUGCAAGAAUGGACAGGUGAUUAAAGUGUUCCUGCUGUGUGACUCUG